GGGUGGCCAGGGUGCCGGUGAGCCCCCCUCCCCCCAUCUGCUCGGUGUGCGGGCCGAGCUUCGAGGGGCUGAGCUUCGAUGGAGGACCACAUGACGGGGCACAACAAGGAGAAGCGUUAUGAGUGCGACGUGUGCGGCAAGGCCUGGCAGCGCCCGAGCGACCUGGAGACCCACCGGCGGGUGCACACGGGAGAACGCCCCUUCACCUGCUCCACCUGUGGCAAGAGCUUUUCCCAGUUGCCAAGGCUGCGGGUGCACCGGCUGGUGCACAGCAGCGAGCGGCCCUUUGCCUGCCCCGACUGCGGCAAAGGCUUCAAGUUGUCCACGGACCUGAAGAGGCACCGGCUCCUGCACACGGGGGAACGCCCCUACACCUGCAGCGACUGCGGCAAGGGCUUCACCGGCACCACCAGGCUACUGGAGCACCAGCGUGUCCACACCGGCGAGCGGCCCUACACCUGCGCCCAGUGCGGCAAGGGCUUUACCUGCUCCUCCAGCCUGCUGUCCCACCAGCAGAUGCACGCCCGCGACCGGCCCUACCCCAGGCCCUUCACCUGCUCCGACUGUGGCAAGGGCUUCAUGAGGGCACAUGAGCUAAAGAUCCACCAGCGGGUGCACACGGGCGAGAAGCCCUAUGGCUGCUCCACAUGCGGCAAGAGCUUCACCCAGUCGUCAGGGCUGCGGGUGCACCUGCGGGUGCACAGCAGCGAGCGGCCCUUCACCUGCUCCGACUGCGGCAAAGGCUUCAAGUCGCCCACGGAACUGAAAGAGCACAUGCGCAUGCACACCGGGGAGCGGCCCUACACCUGCAGCGACUGCGGCAAGGGCUUCAUCCGCUCCAACAACAUGCUGGACCACCGACGCACCCACAGUGGCGAUCGCCCCUACACCUGCGCCCAGUGCGGCAAGAGCUUCACCCGCUCCUCCUGGCUGCAGUCCCACCAGCGGGCGCACGCCGGCGACAGUCCCGUCUCCAGCCCGUUGUUUGCCACGGACUCCCACGCCCUGUCCCACCAGCACGCGCACACCGGCGGCCAGCCCUACGACUGCCCGUACUGCGGCGAGUCGUUUGACAGCUCGCGGGGGUUGCGGCAGCACCAGCGGUCCCACGCCGGCGAGCCGAUGCUCCCACCGCGACAAGCGUUUCAAGAGAGCACGGGGGCUGCGGGAGCAGCGGCGGAUACACACCGGAGAGAGACUCUUUGAGUGCGCUGAGUGUGGCAAGGGAUUCGCCCGCAUGUCCAGCCUGUGGCAACACCGGCGUACCCCACAGCGGUGAGCGUCCAUUCCCCUGCCCGUC